AUGCAUUCAGAGACAACUCCCGAUAUUGCAUCACUUUCCAUCUCAUCAAUUUCGGAUUACCAUGUGUUCGAUUUCCCAGGAAUCGAUCUACAAAAGGAACAAGUAAUUGACAUCUUAGACCAGCAAGGUUUCAUCCCAGAUGACUUAAUUGAACAGGAAGUUGCAUGGUUUUACGAUUCGUUGGGAAUUGACGAUCUUUUCUUUGCUAAACAAAAUGCAGAAACCGUUGCUAAUGUGAUUCAUUCUCUUUAUGCAUCCAAAUUGGAUUCAUUUGCUAAGGCUAAGUUCAAUGGUACGUCAAAGGCCACCGAUCAGACAGGUCCCCAAUUUACCAUUAAAAAUAAAGUUAUCAAUAAAGGUGCAGCUUUAUUUAUGGAGAGUUUGGGUGUCGAUAGUGCACAACCUUAUCAAUUAGACGAACAAAUCGAUGAUUUAUUUCUCGACAAUAAAGACCACAAAAGUAGUCGUUUAGUCAGUUUUUGGACAAGAGAGUCUGGAUUAAAAUUGACGUUUGUCUACGACAGUGUUUUCCCCGAGAGUCAUGGGCCAAUUACUCCCUCCAAACUUUUGCAAGGUGAUAUCGAUGGCAUUAGUGAUCAGACUAUGGCUCAGAUUUCCUCGACCGAGAAUAAAAAAUUGUAUGGUCUACUAAUCAAUCUGGUUGGUGAAAGGGAAGGUCCUGUUAUCAAGACUACCCAUUCGGUUAAAAAUCAUGAUGAAAUUAGAUUGCUAGUGGGAUUUAGAAGGUUUACCACUAAACGUUACUAUUCAGCAUUGAACGUAUUAUUCCACUAUUAUAAAUUAAGACCUUCAAAGUUUUUCUUGGAGUCUUUUAAUGCUAACGAUGUGGUUAUUUUUUCCAUCUAUUUGAAUAAGUCAAGACAACCUGACGAUGUCUUACCAAAUGCAUUAGAGCUUUCCAUUAGACAAGUGGAAAGAGAAGCCUCGUUGCUAUAUGCCAUUCCUAACAAUUCAUUUCAACAAGUUUAUGAGAAACGUCAAUAUUCUCCACAAGAAGCUAUUUAUGCACAUGUUGCCUCUAUCUUUAUCAAUCAUUUCAUUAAUCGUCUAGGUUCUGAUUAUCAAUCGUUGUUGGGUCAAUUAAACAUCAAGGAUACAGACACCACACUUUUAGAAAUUAUCAGCAAUUUGAAACGUAAACUAAGAAAUGAAACGUAUACUCAGGCAAUGAUUAUUGCUACUUUGCACAAGUACCAUACCAUUGUUUCCAAACUGUACAAAAAUUUUGCAGAAAUUCAUUAUUAUCAAGACGCAUCGAGAUCUAUGGAAAGAACCCUUUCAUACCAACGUCUAUCUCAAUUGGAACCUUUCAAAUCUGACGAGGAUUUCGAAAAUUACUUGGCAAAAUUAUUACCUAAUGAUUCACCAGAUUUGUUGGUGUUAAAGACCUUGAGUCUAUUCAAUAAGGCUAUCUUAAAGACCAAUUUCUUUAUCACUAGGAAAGUGGCCAUUUCAUUCAGGUUGGAUCCAAAAUUAAUUAUGCCAGCAAUUGAAUAUCCAGAAACACCUUAUGGUAUUUUCUUUGUCGUUGGUAACACUUUCAAGGGGUUCCACAUUAGAUUUAGAGAUGUGGCUCGUGGUGGUAUUCGUAUCGUUUGUUCAAAAACGCAAGAUGUUUACGAUAUGAAUUCGAAGACUGUUGUCGACGAAAAUUAUCAAUUGGCAUCUACUCAACAGCGUAAGAAUAAGGAUAUUCCAGAAGGUGGUUCCAAAGGUGUUAUUCUAUUGAAUCCAGGGCUUACUGCACCAGAUCAAACUUUUAUCGCGUUUACGCAAUACGUGGAUUCUAUCAUUGAUAUCUUGAUCAAAGAUCCACUCAAGGAAAAAUAUGUUGACCUUUUGAACCAAGAAGAAAUCUUGUUCUUUGGUCCCGAUGAAGGUACUGCAGGUUUUGUCGAUUGGGCUACAAAACAUGCUAGAGCAAGAGGUUGCCCCUGGUGGAAAUCUUUCCUCACUGGUAAAUCUCCACAAUUGGGCGGUAUUCCUCACGAUGAAUAUGGUAUGACUUCGUUAGGUGUUCGUGCUUACGUGAAUGAACUCUACAAGACUCUGCAUUUAGAAGAUGCCGUCAUCCAUAAAUUCCAGACAGGUGGUCCAGAUGGUGACUUGGGAUCCAAUGAGAUUCUUUUGUCCACCAAGAACGAAUUAUAUGUGGGUAUCCUCGAUGGUUCGGGUGUUUUGUGUGAUCCUCAAGGUUUGAAAAAGGAUGAGUUGCUCAGAUUAGCUAAGGAAAGAAAAAUGAUAUCACAUUUUGAUAGAUCUCUCUUAGGACCUAUGGGGUUCUUUGUAUCUGUGGAUGACGUGGAUAUUACGUUGCCAUCUGGCGUUAACAUCGCUAAUGGUACAACUUUUAGAAAUACUUUCCAUAAAGAGAUCUUUAGAUUUGUGGACCAUGUUGAUUUGUUUGUUCCCUGUGGUGGUAGACCCAAUUCUAUCAAUCUGAACAACAUUCAAAGCUACAUUGAUGAGAAGACUAACAAAUGUAAGAUUCCAUAUAUUGUUGAGGGUGCUAAUCUGUUCAUUGCACAACCUGCUAAAGUGGCCCUGGAAGCUCAUGGUUGUAUUUUAAUUAAAGAUGCAUCUGCAAACAAAGGUGGUGUCACUUCUUCUUCUAUGGAAGUCUUGGCUUCUUUAGCAUUGAAUGAUCAUGACUACGUUAACAAGUUCAUUGGUACCGAUAGCCAUUCUAGGACCGAAUUUUACAGCGGUUAUGUUGCUGAAGUACAACGCAGGAUUGACCGUAAUGCCGUGGGUGAAUUCGGUCAAUUGUGGAAAUUGAAUCAGAAAACUCACAAACCUAUUUCCGAACUGUCUAACGUUCUUUCCUUGACCAUUAACAAAUUGAAUGAUGAUUUGAUCUAUUCUACAGAAUUGUGGUUAAACGACGUUAAAUUGCGUAAUUACUUGCUUUUGAACAAGAUUAUCCCCAAACUGCUGAUCGAUGUGGCUGGUCCAGUGGAAAUUCUGAAAAACAUUCCAGAAUCAUAUUUGAAAGCCUUGCUCUCUAGUUAUUUGUCCAGUUCAUUCGUCUAUCAAUUCGGCGUGGAUGUUAACAUUGGUAGAUUCUUGGAAUUCAUCGGUACUUUGAAAAGAGAGGCAGAUGGCAUUCAGCAGUAA